AUGGGACGCGCCGACUUGACAACACCGAGGGCGCCACGCCCAAGUCAGGGCGCUGGGCAUCGCACCUCUGCCUCUGCCACCGGCUCUCCAUGCAAGAGGUCGCGCGCCUCGGCAACCGACCUGAGCAGCGCCAGCAGUGUCAGCGGUAGCAGCAUCGUGUCGGGCGAGUCAGGUCGCUCUCGCAAGUCGCAGUCGCCCCAGAAACAAGCGACCAUCCUCAACAUCUUCAGCGACAAUCCGAUUCGACACAACGAACUCCACGAGCUCAUGGAGCUGGAAUCGCUGCCGUCUGAUCUCGAGCAGCUCCUAGGUCUCCUCUUGACCGUCCAGGAGGGGAGAAGCGUCCUGUCGAACCUCGAUCGACUCGAACUCAGCGCUAAGAUUCGAGGUAGUGCACUCUCCAAGAGGUGGCUCGAUGAUGCCCGUCACUUCGACGAUGGGAGGCCACAGUAUGGACCAACGCCCCCUCCCCAGCAAGUGCAGAAGCUCGUUGGGAGGGCGGGGGAUUGCUGGAAGAGGAAUUGCGAGGAAGCAGUUUGGAAUCUCGAAGUCCACCAAAGCGUGCUCUGCAUGGCGCUACGCCCAGAUCAUGAUACGAGUCGACGGCUGACAUUCUACGCCAGCACGACCGCCCCCAUCUUGCCCGACUACACCGACCAGGACUCCGAAGUCAAGGUCAAUCUCAAAGUCGACUUCUGCAUCUUCGUCAAUCCUACCAAGGACACAAGCGCUCCCAUGCAACCCACAAUCCAAGCCCUGCAGCGAAGACUGCCUGGCGCAUCCGUCAAUCACAGCAGCAGCUUCUCCCUCAAAGGCUUCCCCCUAGCCGUCUGCAUCGAAACUAAGAGAUCGGAAGCAGGCAGGCUCAGCGCCGUCAACCAGCUCGGCGUCUGGCAGCGCUCGCACUUCGCCUUUCUCCGCCGUCUACGGGAUGAAGCCCGACGCCUCGCCACCUCUGCGGGUCAGACGCUGCCGCCGAGGCUCGACGCACUGCCUAGGUGGCUACCGGGUCUUGUUGUGCUGGGACACACGUGGCACUUUGUCCCCGCUACCAUGGAUGACGGACCGCGAGGCGUGACGACGUGGUUUGGUACGGAGGCAUUUGGUGGCACGACGUCUGUUCUUGAGACGUAUAAGGUGGUGCUUGCUCUGCAAGUCGUGCGGGCUUGGGUCGAGGAAACGUUCUGGCCUUGGCUGCGCGAGCUGAUGGUUCACAUUCAGCAGCUUUCUGACAAGAUGGCGACCUCGUCACAGUCGCAAGGGGGAGCAGGGUGA